GAAUUCACAACCAUUGGUCAGGGGCGAAUACCACUGGCUCUGCGUCCUCAGUCACUUCGUGCCAUUUCACCAAGUAGGAGUCAAAGAAAAGCUUGAAAAAUGAAAACACUAGCAAGACUUAUCCUGGGACUCGUCGUCUUUGAUGCCGCUGUGGCUGCUCCAACCCUGGAGCCCAUCAACUAUGACUCAGAAACCUACGAUGCCACCUUGGAAGACCUGGAUAAUUUAUACAACUAUGAAAACGUACCUAUUGGUCAAGCUGAGGUUGAAAUAGCGACAGUGAUGCCUUCAGGCAACAGAGAGCUCCUCACCCCGCCCCCACAGCCAGAGGAGGCUGAAGAGGAGGAGGAGGAGGAGUCCACACCUAGGCUGAUCGAUGGCUCUUCCCCACAGGAGCCCGAAUUCCCCGGGGUCCUGGGCCCACACACCAGUGAAGACUUUCCAACCUGCCUUCUGUGCACUUGCAUAAGUACCACCGUAUACUGCGAUGACCGUGAACUUGAUGCUAUUCCUCCGCUGCCCAAGAACACUGCUUAUUUCUAUUCCCGUUUUAACAGAAUUAAAAAGAUCAACAAAAAUGACUUUGCCAGCCUAAAUGAUUUAAGAAGGAUUGAUCUGACAUCAAAUCUAAUAUCUGAGAUUGAUGAAGAUGCGUUCAGAAAGCUUCCUCAACUCCAAGAGCUUGUCCUGCGUGACAACAAAAUAAGGCAACUUCCAGAACUGCCCAACACUCUGACAUUUAUUGAAAUCAGCAACAAUAGACUUGGAAGGAAAGGAAUAAAGCAAGAAGCAUUUAAAGAUAUGUAUGACCUCCGUCAUCUCUACCUCACUGAUAACAACUUGGACCACAUCCCUCUGCCACUCCCUGAAAACCUACGAGCCCUCCACCUCCAGAAUAACAACAUUCUAGAAAUGCAUGAAGAUACCUUCUGCAAUGUUAAAAAUUUGACUUACAUUCGCAAGGCACUAGAAGACAUUCGACUGGAUGGAAACCCUAUCAAUCUCAGCAAAACUCCUCAAGCAUAUAUGUGCCUUCCUCGUUUGCCUGUUGGGAGUCUUGUCUAAUUGCAGAUAAUACUUAGCAUUAUAAUGCCUUGUAUAACCAAACAAUUCUUACUGCUCUCUUCAAAAACAAAAUUCAGCAUGAUGAUUUCAAAUUGUGUUCUGAAAAACGACAUAAUUACAUAAAACAUACAACUAAAAGAUGUAAGAUACAGUGACAAUUUUGUAAUUUAAGGAAACAACACACGAGUCAGGAAUAAACCAAACAGCACAGAAAGAGCAGAACGAAGUGAUGGAAAAUAUCUCACAGGUAUUCUUAUAAAUCACAUGUAACUUGCAAGUUUUAUAUUCUAUAUAAUUUCAAAUUAAGUAUAUAAUAAAGAAAAUUUACAAAUGAACACUUUAGGUAUAUUGCCAAGAAGUAGAUAUUUUUAAUUAAACUUUCUAUUCUUUUUUUUUUUCACUCUGACAUGUUUCUGUUUUCAAAUUCACUAGAGAGGAUGGAGAAAAGAAUAAAAAUAUUUGAAAAUUACAAUGGCCUUGUGGGAACACAUUCAUUAUCAUCACAUGCCAAUAACAAUAUCCAACAAUAAAAUACAUAGCUUCAGUUUUUGAAUAAUAUUUUAUCAUAUUAAAGACUUGUCAAAUAAUUUUAGACCUUAGCUUAACUAGCUAGUUAUUGCCAUAUUUCUGUGCCUGUGAAAAAAAUAAAAUAUGGCAAAUGAACAAUAUAGAUGACGAAUGAUAAACACACUAGAGAAGAAGUCAUGGCAGACCUUUAAAGAAAAGUUGAUCUUUCUGGAAUGUAUGAUCAUCAUACAGGCACACGGUUAACAACUGAAAGAUGACAAAGAAACAAUGGAAGGUGAGUUUCCUUCUAGUUGCAAACCCUGAACUCCACUCCCAGAAAUAACUAGUCCAUGAUUUCUUGCAUACCUUAAUGAAGGUUUCCAUGAGAAACAAAAACUUCCACCUAAUUUCCCCUUUUAUACACACAUAUAUAUAUAUUCAUGUGCCACAUUUAUAUAUAUCAUCAUUCUGUAUGUAUCUAUACAUACGAACUUGGAUUUUUAGGUACAAAAAAUAACUGCUAUUCAGAAUCUUGCUUGUUUCACUUAAAAAUAUAUCUUGACAAGUUUUUCCUAUCAGCACAUACAGCUCUACCUACCCCAAAGAACAUGUAUUAGCCCAUUAUAUGGAUGUCCAUUUUAUUUUUUGUAUUUACACUAAAAUCACAAAUAAUAUCCUUGUGUGACUAUAGUAACUCUGUCCAUAUGUGAGAAUAUACCAAUAGAAAAAUUAGUAGAAGUGGAAUUCUGGAUCAAAAAGAAUAUUAUUUUAAAUUUUAAUAAAGUUGGUCUUCAAAGAUGUUAUACCCAUUUAUGCUUUCACCAAUAGAGUAGGAGAGUGCCUGAUUCUCUAAAAGCUCACGAAGAUGGUUUAUUAUCAAACUUUUUCAUCAUUGCAUAAUCUAUUUCUGAAUUAAUAUAUUGAAGUAAAAACAUAGGACAAAAAUUGGCAAUAGCACACUUCCAACAUUUAAAAACAAUGUAUAUUUUUAUUUUCAACUAUCUCUUUCAGGAAAAUAUAUUUUUUCAUG